AUGGCUCCAAAGUACAAGAAUGACCUUGCCAAAUGUUAUGGUCUGCUAAAAUUGGAUCUGAAUUGGAAGCAAACUACUGAGGACGUAAUUCAUUUUUCCAAUGCGCUCUCGGUGACUACCACUCAGUUGGCUGCAGACCAUGAGGAAAUCCACCCCAUUCAGAAAAUUGAUGGUAUACCAAUUUCAAUGUCCUCUUAUCAUUUAUUCCUGAGUUUAGACGCAGCUAAAGAACAAAAGUUAUAUGAUGAAGUUACCCAGUUUUUGGAUAAAUACGGUUGUCCAUAUCCAGUUCUGAUGAAUAAAGCAGUUCCGGAUCGUUUCACGGUUUCCGAUAACCGAAUGCUCUUGUUACGUUAUUUCUGUACAGAAAUACUCGCCCAAAGGAAACUGGCUAGUCGUCCCCAGUCCGUGCGAACAGAUGCACGAAUCAGUCAGGCGGCAGACGAGGCAAGUGCCGAGAUCAGUUCCGAUCUGACCGCUUGCCUGGAAGUGGCAUGCAACGCCCUGGGUUUAUCCAAGCCUCCGAACAAUGUGUCCGUAUCGGAGCUGUUCACACGUCUGAUCAACACAUCCACUGAGGCGAUUAAACGGUGCCCACCAAUGCAUAUGGGUCAACCCAUGAUUCCCCUGGUCGGAUUGUCCGAUCGGCAAUGGUCUCAAAUUGCCCGAAUCGCUGCAUUACUACAGCAGGAAUACGCCAGUCGUCGUGCUACUUUACUCAAACGUUUGGAUGUGACUGUGCAAAGUUUCAAGUGGUCGGACAAGGCCAAAACUCAACUGGAGGCGAUAGCUGCUGUCUACAAUCCACUGCGCACAGCCAUGUCAAUAUCGUACUUCCCAGGUAUCCCGGAGCUGUUGGCCGUGCGUGAUAAUAUGAUCUUGCGAAUCGAGAAAACAAGCGGGGUGACUGCACGCCAGUUCACAUCGUGUGAGCUCAAUAAAGUGCUUAUUGGGAAAGUUCCUGAUCGAGGAGGUCGGGCGUGGGAACUGGAGCCUCCGCCACCAGAAAUGCCAAGCUUCAAGCAACGUCAACCGGAAAGAGGGCGUGGUGGUGGUUAUGCUGGAGGUGGAGGAGGACAUGGUGGCGGAGGUGGGGGUGGUUAUGCUGGAGGUGGAGGAGGAUAUGGUGGUGGUGGCGGUCGACCUGACACUGGUCGUGGUGGAGGUGGGGGCGGUUCUGGCCGUGGGGGUGGUGGACCUGGUCGAGGUCGCGGCUACGGUGACUAUCCAGGUCCAAAUCGGGGUGGUGGAGGUGGUGGCGGUUUCGGCGGUGGGGGUGGUGCCGGUGGUGGUAGUUACGGUGGAGCGUAUUAUACGGGCGGUCAACAGUUUCGACCACCGGCACCGUCAGCUCAUCUGGGCGGUGGUGAUUACAUCACUAGCCAGGUUGCUAUGGAUGGCCUAGCUCAACAAUUUUACGGAUUGACUUUUGAACCCGGUCUGGGCAUUGGUCAAGCACAGGGUUAUGCAUUUCAAGCCACAAACAUGCCAGGAAAUAUUAACUAUGGGGGCGGUGGGGGUUACGGUGGUGGAGGUACCUAUCCUGCACAACGUGGACGCGGAGGUCGUGGGGGACGUGGACGUGGACGCUGA